AAGAUGAGUACGGCCCUGAGAAUUUGACGCGUUAACCUGAGUGUGGCGCGCAGUCACGACCGUGAUUUCACGUCGGGUGGAGUGAUUAGAGUGACGAUUGUAAUAAAAAAAACUAUAUGUUAUAAUAAUAAAAUAAAGGAAAAAAAAAAAAUUUGUGCCAAUCGUAAUUUAAUUAACUACCGGAUUAUUUAAAUAUUUAUUUUUAAUUUAAACCUAAGAAUUAAAAUUGAAGAAAAAAUAAAAUUAUUAAUUUACAAAUAAUAGAAUCAAGUGUUUUUGGGAAAAUUUAUAUUAUUAAAAUUUUGGAGUAUUUUAUUUUUCAAUUAUUUAGAAAUAAAGGGGAUAAUACGCCUGGGGGCAUGUGGCACUGGGCAUUUAAAACAAUUGUUUUUGGCAUACAAACAGGCGUGUCAUUGUCGUCAAUUUUAAUCGUACCACAUUCAAUUAUCAUCUGAUUUUGACGUUUGUGUAUGACAUUUUCUUUUUUUUUUCCAUUUUCUAAUUCUCUCUCUUUUUAUUUGUCAAUAUCUCUCUUUAAUAUCAAUUAUUAUUGUUAUUUUUCAUUUAUUUUAUUCAUUCGUUUUUUUUUUCUCCAAAAUAUACAUCAUAGUUUUGUGUGAAUUUAUUUAUUUUAUUGUGUGAAUUUAUCUAUUUAUUUUUAUUGACAGAUGAAUAAUUAUUAUUUAUUUUAAAUUAUUAUAUAUUAUUUAUAUUUUAAUUCAAAUCUCUCAUUGACAUUCUGAAUUUAUUCAAGUGCAUUUUAAAGAGCACAAUUUAAAAAAAAAUAAAACUAGUCAUGAUGGAAGAAGUAGACGCAGAAAAAAUUAUUGCCGAAAAAUUAAAUAAUCAUAAGGACAAUAUGGAUAAAAAUGGUGAUGAAUCGCCAAUUCAAAGAGAAAAUUCACCAAUAUACCCAUCAAUAUGUAAUCAAGCUCCAUUUAGUGAUGAAGGUGAAGCAAUGAUUGAACGAGAAAUGUGUGACUACAACACUAAGAUCACACUCAAAAUGGCUAAAAGUGGCAAAGCCCCAAGAAGGGUUAGAGUUUACGCUGAUGGAAUUUAUGAUUUAUUUCAUCAAGGCCAUGCAAAACAGCUUAUGCAAGCUAAAAAUAUAUUUCCAAAUGUAUAUUUAAUUGUUGGAGUGUGUAGUGAUGAGUUAACUCAUCAGAAAAAAGGUCGAACUGUUAUGUAUGAUCAUGAACGUUAUGAUGCUGUUCGACACUGUCGUUAUGUUGAUGAAGUCGUUCAAAAUGCACCGUGGGAACUCGAUGAAGAAUAUUUAACAAAACACAAGAUUGAUUUCGUGGCUCAUGAUGAUAUACCAUAUGAGUCUGAUGAUGCCGAAGAUGUGUAUGCUUUUAUAAAACAAAAAGGCAUGUUUGUAUCAACACAAAGAACUGUUGGUGUAUCAACGUCUGAAAUUGUUGCUAGAAUUGUCAAAGACUAUGAUGUAUAUGUUAGAAGAAAUUUAGCACGAGGAUACAGUGCAAAAGAUUUAAAUGUCUCAUUUUUAAAUGAAAAGAAAUUUCGAUUACAAAAUAAAUUUGAUGAUCUUAAGGAUAAAGGCAAACGUGUUUUUGAAAAUAUUGAAGAAAAACGAGUUGAUAUGAUUUCAAAAUGGGAAGAAAAAUCGAGAGACUUUAUUGAUGCUUUUCUAUUGUUAUUUGGUAGAGAAGGACGGUUGUCAACAAUGUGGAAUGAGAGUAAAGGUAGAUUAAUGCAAGCCUUAUCACCACCUGGAAGUCCAAAACGUGCUGGUAGUCCAAGUGGUAGCAGUACGAGUAGUAUUAAUGAUGAUGAUCACGCAAGACCGCCGCCAAAAAAAAAUGGAAGAUAUGAGCUACCACAAACAACAAAACAAUAUCUCAGUGAUGAUUAUAGUGAUGAUGAUGAGUUUAUUCAUCAUGAAAAAAAUAAAUGAAAAUUUCACAAAUCAUUAAAAGGAGAUUUAAAAAAAAAAAAAAAAAAGUAUAAACAACCGUCCUCGUAAAAAUCUUUCAUUAUCUUGGAUUUUAUUCAAUCAAUUAUUUGUUAUUAUUAUUUUUUUUUUUUCAUGAAUUAUCUCAUUUUAUUUGAUAAGUUUUGCGUCAGUUUGGUUCGCAUUAUUAUUUUUUUUUUUUUAAAUUUUAUUUUUUAAAUAACAUUUUGUCGGAUAGAGAGAAGAGAUUUUUAAAAAAAAGAUUAUACAGGUGAGCAAAUAGAAAAAUAUAGCUGCGAUUAUUUUUUUUUUUUUUUAUAUAUAUAUUUAUAGAAUAUUUUUUUUAAAAAAAGAUUUUUAGUGAAAACUGUUUUAGAAAAGGAAAACCAAUAAACUUUUACGAUGUUGAAUAAAAAUAACAAUAAAAAGUAAUCUCUUUGAUAAUAAUUAUAAUUAAAAAAAAUUUUUCAUAUUAAAAGGAAAAAUAUUUGCAAACUAGUCGUUUAUGAUUUUUUAUGACAAAAAAAGAAAGAAAUAUAUAUAAAAAAAAAAUGAAAAAAAAAAAAAACUGUUGGGAUCUGAUAGAUUAAAUAAUUUAAAAUAGUAAAAAUACAAAACUGGUGUUAGUCGUUCGAUAUUUAUAUCAUCGAAUUGACAUGUUCCCAAUAGAUUAAUUUGCAGAAAAAAAAAUUCUCUAAAGUAUUAAUUAUCUCUUACAAAAAAAAAUAUAAAAAAAAUAUUCAUGAUGAAUUAUAUAGGGAACACUUAAAAUGACAAUGAUAUGAAAUUAUUUAUUUAUUUAGAAAAAAAAACAUAAAUUAAUAACUCAAAUUCGACAUUAUUUAUUUAUUUAUUUAUUUAUUAUUUCAAUGAAUAAUUUCAUAUCAUUAUUUUAUAAAUUCUCUGUUUUUUUUUUCACGUGACUUUUUAUAAUAAUAACUAAAUAAUUAUUUGCCUGAUUAUACUUAAUGUUUUGUCACAUGUGUGUGAGUCAACUGACGAAAUGUAAAAAAAAAAAAGAUAGAUAAUUUUAUAAUGCUAUUUUUCGCUGUUUUUUUUUUGUUGUUGUUGUGGUCAAUUUGUUGAUGUUUCUACGUGAAUAAAAAAUAAUUUAAAAAAUUGUAAUGAACUGCAACGGUCUCGGCGAGCUACACAAUUGACCAAUGGUGCCUAUUUUUCAUAAAAUUGAUAACAUAGAAGAAAAAAAAUAAAUGAACUAGUAAAAAAAAAAAAAAAAA